AUGUUGUUGACAGCUUCCCCUGCUUUUUGUUUGUUGAAGAAUCAUCAAUUGGAACAUCGGAUUCCCAUGUUUUCCUCUCUUUCUUGUCCAAAAAAUAUGUCUAGGUCUCGGUCUGGUUCUGUCGUUGUUUCUGCUACCAAAGGAGUCAACAGCCAACCACUUACCGGUGUCAUUUUCGAGCCCCUUGAGGAAGUCAAGAAGGAAAUUGAUCUUGUCCCGUGUCUACCUCAGGUGUAUUUGGCUCGUCAGAAGCAUAAGGAUGAAUGUGAAGCUGCCAUCAAUGGACAAAUCAACCACCGACUGCCAAUAUUUUCAACAUCCUAUGUGUACCAUGCCAUGUUCGCCUACUUCGAUAGGGACAACGUUGCUCUCAAGGGUCUUGCCAAGUUCUUUAAGGAAUGUAGCUUAGAAGAGAGAGAGCAUGCUGAGAAAUUGAUGGAAUACCAGAACAAACGGGGUGGAAAAGUGAAGCUGCAGUCGAUAUUGAUGCCCUAUUCUGAGUUUGAUCAUGUAGAAAAAGGAGAUGCAUUAUAUGCAAUGGAGCUUGAAUUGUCGCUGGAGAAACUAACGAAUGAAAAGCUCUUGAACUUGCACACUGUAAGACUGUCCUAUUCCGUAUUGCACGCAGUUGAUUUCGUGGAAGGCGAGUUCUUAGUUGAGCAGGUGGAGGCCAUCAAGAAAAUCUCGGAAUAUGAGGCUCAUCUGAGAAGGGUUGGCAAAGGACAUGGGGUGUGGCACUUUGAUCAGAUGCUUCUCCACGACGGAGCUGUUGCAUGAAAUCCGAAAUCAAAAAA